CGAAAAUAACGACUUUUCUUUUGAGCUUUCUCAUUUAAGUAACUACAUUCAAAUUUAUACUUCGACGUCAUAUGAGUGAUACUUUUUUUAUUUUUGAAAUAUUUGAAGUAACGAAUUAAUUGUAACUUUCUAUAUUAUCGUAAAAAUGGUAUUAUAUAUAUUUUUUUAUGCGGGCACAAGUUUGAUUACAAAAUUAUCGGCAAUUGUAAACUACUUCGCAACAUAAUUAAUUCGAGAGACAUAAUAUUCGUGUUUUAAAAUAAUGUUUUUCUUUUCUUUCUCCCAUAAAAGAUCACGAUAAUUGUUUUUAAAGUUAAUUAUGCGUUACAAUCAAAUUAGAAUUUUUUUAUUUGAUUAUCUUAUAAUUUUACUUCUCUCAGUAUUAUUGAUUUCAGGAAACGAGGUAUAUAAUAUCGAAGAAGUGGAUUUAUCCAAAUGUAAACUUACACAGCUCGGAACAGAAUACCGAGGUUCAAAGAUGGUAACUAGUAAUAAUAUUCGUUGUCAAUAUUGGCAAACAGAUCAGCCAUUGCACAAGGUUAACCCUAAUAUCACGGAUGCAGAUUUCCCAGAAAAAUCGAUGAAAGCUGCGAAAAAUUAUUGUCGAAAUCCCACUAAAGAUCCUCGAGGUCCUUGGUGUUAUACGUUAGAUCCUACUCUUAUAGAUGAUGAAUGUGAUGUGCCGCUUUGUAAUUUUGGUGAUUGCAGAAUUUCUGGUAUAGGGGCUGAAUAUGCUGGAGAUCGUAAAAUUAGUUCUUCGGGUAAAAAGUGUAAAUCAUGGGCAGGGCGAUAUAAAGUUUCUAAUGAUAAGAGUCCAGCAUACGCUAGAAAAAACUUUCCAGAUGCGUCAUUGAAGAAAGCUAAUCGUUUUUGUAGAAAUCCUGAUGAUAAUAUUGGUGGUCCAUGGUGUUAUGUACAUGAUGAAGCUUAUGAAACAAUUGAAAAAGAAUAUUGUGAUAUACCAUUUUGUGAUGACAAGGACUGUUUAGUAUACGUCAGAAAUACAUCAAGAUAUUCUAUUUUGACAGCUUUAAACUCUACAUUUGCUAGCAUUAAAUUCUGGAUUAAAUUAUGGAAUCCAAAUGAUGAAUAUAAUGGAGAAUUUAAAAUUUUAUUAAGUCUUCUUCCAAUUCCUACAUUUGCAAGUAAAAUUGCUGAAGAUUGGCAUGUAGGUGUUGAGUUAAUGUUUUCAAAUUUUGGUACUGGUCAAACAUAUCCUGAUAUUGAUAUGGAUGAUUUUGAAAAUACACCAAACAUCUUACUUGGUACAAAAUGGACUGGUAUAUGGAUUACAUGGGCAGGAGGUUUCAUAUCAAUAGGAAUGUAUGGUACAUCUAAACCUUUCUUUAUUGGGGAGUAUAAAAAAAAAGAUACUAUCUCAGGUCUUUAUUACGAUUUUUUGUUAUAUUAUGGGAUCAUGGGUACAAAUGUCCUUUGGAGUACAGAAUCCUGUCAAAGUGAUUGUGAAAUUCAUGUAACUGUUGGAACAGAAUUCACAAACGUUUGGCCAAUGCAAAAAUCUAAUAAUACCUAUGACAUUCAUUUUUAUGUGCGAGCAAAUCGCAAUAUUGCUAUACGAAUGUAUCAAAAUCCUGUUAAUAUUUAUCCAUGUUUUACUAUAAUUAUUGAUAAUGUUACAUCAUUAAUAUAUCAAAAAAACAAAUUUUCAAUGAAGCAAUAUUUGAAACAAGUUUCAAGUAAAGGAUUAUUAAAUUUUUGGAAGUGGAAAAAAUUUACUAUUAGUAUUUUAGGUCCGCAUUUACGGCUAUUUUAUGAACAAACAUAUGGCGAUGAAGAAUUUUUAUAUGUACAUUAUGAUCUUUUUGAUACGUUAAGAUGGUUCAGUAUAGGAACUGAAUAUAAUGUAGCUUAUUGGACACUUUUUUGUAUACCAGAUGAAGAAAUACAUACUAUAGAAGAUCCAUGGCCACCUAACUGUAUAUCAGAUCUUAUGGAUUAUGGUUAUAAAGGUGAUCAAUGGUUCAGUAUAAAUGAGAUACCUUGUAUACCAUGGAUUUCAAAAGAAAUACCAGAAGAAGACAAAAUUGAUAGUAAGUUUAUUGAUGGCUCUGCUUUAAAAGCACUUAACAAAUGCAGGAAUCCCAGUCAUAGUUCACAUGGUCCUUAUUGUUAUAUAAUGACUGAUCUAAAUACUUCAAACAUAUCAAAGCAAUAUUGUCCAGUACGAAAAUGCCUAUCUUCAGAAUGCAAAAUGGCUGGUACAGCAAAUGAUUAUAUAGGAACUUUAUCAACAACACGUUCAGGUAGAACUUGUGCUAAAUGGAUAGCUGAUUUCGAUCUUGUGGAAACGAAAGUAUAUGCACCUGAGACUACCACACAAGGACUUAUAGAAUUACCAAGACGAUAUAUGACACAAGAAGAGCUACUUUUGAGAAUGUUUCCGCAAAGAAGACCUAAACUUAUCAAAGUUUUAAGACCAAAAGAUUCAAUUAAUCGAACAUUGUUCAAUGACAAUUUGUAUGCAGAACAUAGUGCAAAAAAUGCUAGUAAUUAUUGCAGGAAUCCAUCUCGUAAUAUCGCCGGCACAUGGUGUUAUACAACAGAUCCUCUUGUACCGCAAGAUCUCUGUGAUGUCAGAGAUUGCGAAAUGCUAGAAGAAUGUAUAUUCCUUAUUCAUGGACAUGGUAUUGGUAGACGAUUAUACGUUUUUCCUGAAUAUCGUUCUGAGGGUCUACAUUUUUCUCUGAAAGCUUGGGAACCUGAUCAAUUAGAUUCUAUAACAAUUGUUUUCACUGCAGAUGAUGGUUUUAAAUCACGAUAUAUUCUUAAAAUUGGUGCUUUAGAUAAUGAAAAAAUACUCCUAUAUUAUCAGUCUGAAAGCCAAGCUAUAAACUUAGUUAAAAAGAAAACAUUGCCACAUUUAUUGUAUUUUGGAAAAUGGAGCAAUUUUGUUAUUCGUAUACCACGAGGAAGUAUUUUACUUUAUUAUGAAGGAUCAUCAAAUCCUUUAUUUGAAUGGAAACAUUCAAAACCAUCACAAGUAUUUUCGCCUGUUUAUUAUUAUUAUAAUAGUGAACAAAAACAUGCUGUAGGCGUUGCUUUUGAUUGUAAUUCCAGAUGUCAGAUAGAAAAAACAGAAACUAAUGAACAUACAAGAAUAUUACCGUUUUCUAUAUGGAAUAAACAAAAAAUGUCAAAUAUUAAUACAUUAACACUUAUGAUACGUGCAAAAGGUGUUGUUACACUUCCAUUGUUUUUGUUUCCUGCAACAUCUAGCUAUUACUCCUUAUCUCUCUUUGAGUCUGGACCAUGGAUAUUCUUUCAAAAGAACAAUUAUCCCAUUGUCAAAAUAUUUCAUAAGCAAUUAAUUUCAAGUGCAUUAUUUACAACAAAUUCAUGGACAAAUAUAACUAUAAGAUGGUUAAAGAAUAUUAUUGAAUUAUUGUGUAAUGAUACAUUGGUAUUUCAUUAUGAACAUAGCAACCCUCUGCUUUUUUAUUUUUUCUCAGUCACUGUUAAUAACAAUGGAUGGGCUAUUUGGUCUGCAAAUUGUGUACCAACUGAUAUAGAUGGACCUGCUAUUGAUGGUGGUUGGUCUGAAUGGGGUCCAUGGUCAUGUAGUGCUAGUUGUAAUGGCGGUGUUGGAACAAGAACACGUUUAUGCAAUUCUCCAGAACCUAAUAUUAGAGGAGAACCAUGUAUUGGUCCUAAUAGUAUGACAGGACGUUGCAAUUUGAUUAAAUGUGGAGAUUUAACAGAGGACACAAUUAUUUUAAUACAAAGAAGAAUUAAAAGAAACCAUACUUCUUUAAUUAUUAAAGAAUAUGGAACUGUCGUAAUUCCAUCAGAUUAUGAUAUUAUUCAAUUAAUAUCAAAUACAUCUGUAGAUUUUGAGAUACAAUGGUCUCAUAAUGGAAUUUUUAUUAAAGAAAAUAAUAGAAUUAGGAUAAAAAACUUUAAUGUUGUAAUAAACAGAGCUCUACUGAUUGAUUCUGGUAUUUAUACAAUCACUUUACAUAGAAUUGAUCAGUCAUAUCUUGUAUUGAAAGUUGUUGCUUUAGCCAUUAUACCAAGUACAGAAAGUAUUACUAUACGUGAAACUUUACCUUUAUCUGUAAUUUGUAAUUGUCUUAUUUUGGGUUAUGUAUAUUCUGAUCUCAAGAUAUCUUGGGAAAUAAAUGAAAAUAUUUGGAAAGAUUAUGGUAUUACCCUACCUAUUGCUGUAAAUGUCGAUUAUAUCAAGGCAAUAAAUAAGUCACAUGAAGGAAUGUGGAAAUGCAUUGUAGAGCAGACUGAUUUAAAUUUUAAAUGGAUAACUAAUAUAAUUGUUGUUAAAGUUAUUGGUUCACCAAAUUGGCGCACUUAUUUAAUGGAAGAUAAAUUGACUAGUCCUAUAUUUGGUUGGAUGCCAAGUGAAAAUUUUGUUGCUGUUUCUGCAUUAAUAAUCUUUUUAAUACUAAUUGGUUGUAUAAUUAUAGGUUCAAUCUUUUUAAUAAGGCAAGUGUAAUUUUCUUAAUAUAAUUAUUACAGUAACAAAAUUUCAUACACAAUAAUAAUUUGGUAUUAAUAUUAAUAAACAGGCUUCAAGAAAGUCGAAAGAUCAAAAUUCAAACUUUCAACCAAAAGAAAAAUAAACAAUAAAUAGAUCCCAACUAAGGAAUUUGUUCUCCCCUUGAAAACUCGCUUUCGAAGUACAAUACAUUCUCUCAAGGAAGAGAAAAAAAACAAUGGAACGCGUGAAAAAGAUGUUGGAAUAUAAUACUAAGUACCCG